CAAAAAUAAAAAAUCAACAUCUAAAUAUUUAUCCUUAGUCCCCUCAAAUAAUAAAAAAAAAGUUGUAUGGACAACUUUGCUCUAUACAUGUAGUAAAGAACGGACGGACCACCAAUUUAUCCAAUCAACUUUCAUUUCCCAAAUUGCACUAUUUAUCCUAAUUCCUAAAGUAGUUCUCUACAACUUCCAUCUUUAAAAAUCUCUAAUAAUAUGGAUCACCUAGGAGUAGGACUAGAAGAUGAAAUGAAGCAUGAAGAUGAUGAGCCAACAACGCCUAUCACCCGCGUAAGCAUCCACCCUAAGCAUAAUCAUGUGAUCCACUGUGUCAUAGGGUUUAAGAACUCCAUAGAUGUAGCUGCCUUAAAACAUGAGUUAUCCAUGUCCAUCAUGAUCAAAAUCCCACGCUUCUCUAGUCUCCUUGUUGUUGAUCCACAUGAUGGAACUGAACAGUGGAAAAGAACCCAUGUAAACCUAGAUAACCAUAUCUUCAUCCAUCAUGAGCAUGGCCAUGAGGUCCAUGACCAUGAUCAUGAGCCUAUGUCGGAUGAGGAUGCCAUCAACUCUUACUUGGCUGACAUAGCCAUCUUAGAACCCAUGAGUUUAGAUAAGCCUUUAUGGGAGUUGCACAUCAUGCAUGCACAGAAGUGCUUGAUACUGAGAGUUCAUCAUGCAGUGGCUGAUGGUAUGUCAUUGAUGUCAUUGUUGUGGUCCCUGGAUGACUCAUCAAUUAGGAAUGUACAUGAUGAUGGUGGGCGUCAUCAUGAUGUGAUGAUGGUGUCCAAUAAUAAGAAUUACCAUGGUGUUAAGGGUAGGAGCUCAAAAAAUAUGGGGAUGUGGGAAGGUCUAAUGUUUAUUUGGUAUAGCUUAGUAUCUGUGUUGAAGUUUAUAGCAAGGUUUUUGUGGGUGAAAGAUAAACAGACUGUGAUUAGUGGAAUUCAAGGGGUGGAGUUUUGGCCAAGGAAGGUGACAACUGCUAAGUUUCAAAUUGGAGAUAUGAAGACCAUCAAAAAGGCCAUCCCAAAUGCUACAGUAAAUGAUGUUCUCUAUGGAAUAUUAUGGUGUGGACUAACAAGAUACCUCAAUAGUCAACAUCCUACAGCUUUGCGUGAUGGUGUUCAGUUUACUGGCCUUUGCCCUGUAAACUUGAGAGAACGUCCAGGAGUUCAGGAGGUGUCCACUAUGCUAUCAGAUCUAACAACAUCUUGGGGCAAUAAAUUUGUAAUGCUCCUACUACCCAUUAUUUACUCUAAACGUGAUAUGGGUGCUUUAGCCUACACAGCUCGGGCUAAAGCGGUGAUGGAUCGGAAAAAGCGAUCAAUGGAAGCUCGACUAUGCUACAAAGUAGGACGCCUUGUUUUUAAUUGUCUUGGUUCAAAGGUUGGGGACUUGUAUUACAAUCUGUUUUCUAACACAAGCUUCCUAGUAUCUAAUAUUGCUGGUCCCGAAAAGGAGAUAUCAAUUGCUAGCAAUCCUGUAAAUUUCAUAAGAGUCACGUCUUCCAGCCAACCCCAUGCGAUCACACUGCAUAUGGUAAGCUAUGCUGGAAAGGCAGAUCUGCAAAUUCAAGUUGCCAAAGAGGUGAUACAUGACCCAGAAUUUCUAGCCAAGUGCUUUGAAGAUGCAUUGCUUGAAAUGAAGAAAGAUGCAGAUAAUUGUGCUGCCACUAAAUACUAAGUCAUAUAAUAUAUUGUGUUGCAAUGCCAAUAAAUGAAAACGGAUUUAUCUUAUGUUGUUUGUUUGGUAGAAAAAUAUUUCAGACAUUGAGAUUGUACCUAAUUAAGUAAUAUGUAUGAAGUAUGGGGAGCUAUGAUAAACAUCUAAUUGAAGUUGGACAUAGUAACAUUUGCUUCCAACUUCCAA